AUACAAGAAGACACGCAAAAAUCAAAAUAAAAACACUUGCCUUAUUUCCCAAGUUACUUUCCAAACUUCUUGCAAGUCUUCGAUUAACUUAAUUUCACGUACCAUUUCUUCUUGAAUUUGAUUAGUUUAAUUAACAAAUAUGAUGAGCCGUGGUGCAACAAGGAUGGCUCGUUCUAUGAUGUCUCACAUUGGUCCACGUUAUUUUUCAACUAUGCAUCCGGUGACCGGAAAUGAAGCCGGUUUCUUGCAUGGAAAUUCCAUGAAGGGUUCCGAAAAGGCGGUGUUGACAUGGAUUAGGUACUUUUCGAUUAUGAGUUCGCGUAACGCAAGUACUAUGACAUUGAGUGAGAAGGAGCAAAAUGAUCAAGAUGAUCAGAAAAAGGUUCGGAGUUGUAGCAUAACCACUCCUAGUGGUGGGAAUAAUAAUAAAGGUGUAGUGAGCUAUUGGGGUAUUCAACCUCCUAAGGUUACAAAAGAAGAUGGUACACCAUGGAGGUGGAACUGCUUUAUGCCAUGGGAGACGUACAAGGCAGAUUUGUCGAUAGAUCUGAAGAAACACCAUGCACCAGUAACGUUGUUGGAUAAAGUGGCUUAUUGGACAGUCAAGGCCCUCAGGGUACCCACCGACUUAUUUUUCCAGAGGAGAUACGGUUGUCGCGCAAUGAUGUUAGAAACUGUGGCAGCAGUUCCCGGCAUGGUAGGAGGAAUGUUAUUACACUGCAAAUCACUAAGACGAUUCGAGCACAGUGGUGGCUGGAUCAAAGCACUAUUAGAAGAAGCAGAAAACGAAAGAAUGCACCUAAUGACAUUCAUGGAAAUAGCAAAACCAAAAUGGUAUGAACGUGCACUUGUAUUUGCAGUACAAGGCAUAUUCUUCAAUGCCUAUUUUAUAACUUACCUUUUGUCACCAAAAUUGGCACAUCGAAUUGUUGGCUACUUGGAAGAAGAAGCUAUUCAUUCUUACACUGAAUUUCUUAAAGAAUUGGAUGAGGGAAAUAUAGAGAAUGUGCCUGCACCGGCUAUUGCUAUUGAUUAUUGGUGUUUGCCGCAAGACUCGACUCUCAAAGACGUUGUCAUGGUCGUUAGGGCGGACGAGGCUCAUCACCGCGAUGUCAACCACUUUGCAUCGGACAUUCACUACCAAGGGCAACAACUGAAAGAGUGUCCAGCCCCACUUGGCUAUCACUGAGACAACAGUUGAUCUUACCUCAAAAAAAUAUUAAUUAAAGAAUACGAAAUGGUGAAAAUGGUCAUUAUUUUCUUUGCGGACUAGUAUAGAUCAGUGUGGUACUAAUAUCAGUGUGGUACUAAUAUCUUGAGUAUUGAUGUAAAUUAUCUUGUGGGGUUUUUGGUUUCUUUUUCUUAUUUUUGUCUUUUAUACUCUAAAAUAUAGACAGGUAAAGUCUGUGUCUAGCGUUACUAGUAAGUAGUAAGCACUGUUCUGUGUAAUUACUAAAACACUAAUAAAAUAUUCAGUCCAUUACAGAAGAAGAUCAAUUAUUU